GUACGGCAGUUUACGGAGCCAAUUGUCCCGUCAACAAUGAGCCACGACAUGCUCCAGUGAGUCCUAUUGUUGUCAAUGGUUGACAGAAUUCAGGUCAUUCUACAAGAGUCCCCCAUCACGUCUUAAGCCAUGUCUUGUAACACCAUGAUGCGUUAUUGGACCUAAUCGGCACGAGACGUUUCCUGGCCGCUUUCCAAUCGAUUAUUGGUGCGGGUCCACUCGGAUCUUUAAGGGACAGGGAGUAGUUCCUUCUGGAACACGCUGGUUUCGUUCUGCAGAGCCACUGAGACAACAUCAUGAUGGCGGCAUUCAGGAUCAGUGUAGUCUGUGCCCUUUUGGCUCUGCUGCCAACGCCCAUAAUGAGCCAAGGAACUUGCCAAUGUGAAAAUGGGGGUCAGUGCUUGUACGAUGAGACUGGUGCAGGGAUCAGAUGCGUGUGUCCAGUUGGAUACAGGGGCAUCCUCUGUGACAUACAAGACGCGAAUUGCCUAUGUGAAAAUGGUGGUAUCUGCAGCAUCAACGCUGAGGAUGACUACGUUUGUUCGUGUAUGGAGGGCUAUGAUGGGCCUCUCUGUCAGUACGUUCCUCUGGUGGAUGACAAAUCACCGCCAGAUAUAUUCAACUGUCCGUCUGAUUUUGAGGCUCGACGGCAACCUGGUGAAGAUUCCGUGUACGUCACGUGGGAGGAGCCGUAUGCCACCGAUAACUCAGGAGAAGUGCCCUCGGUGUUUAGAAAUAUCGCGCCCAACUUCUAUGCACGCAGCAAUUAUGACGUUCAGGUUUUCUACCGAUACACGGACCAGACGGGCCUCACGUCUGAGUGCCGUUUCACAGUCACAGUUAUAUAUUCCGAUGGCUCUGACCCGCGGCCAGUCGUCAGCGGCUGUCCCAGCAACAUCAACGUGACGGCCAUGGGCAGCCUGCGUACCGCCGUGGACUGGGUGGAGCCUACCCUAGGAUCCACAGGCCAGGUGGUCAUCAGCGUCGACAGGAGCCAUGUCCCAGGAUCGCUCUUCUUCCUGGGCUCCACCCCGGUCACCUACACAUUUCUCUCGGAUACCAACCAAGUCAUGUCCAUGUGCACGUUCACUGUCACCGUUACCACAGACUCCUGCCGUUGUGAAAACGGCGGCAUUUGCAUUCCCGAUGAAGUCAAGUCCGGUGUGAUGUGCAUGUGCCCAGCAGGAUACUCAGGAAUUCUCUGUCAAGAAAGUGCCUGUCAGUGCCUAAAUGGCGGUAUGUGCGUGCGUGAAGCCGGCAACACAGUCAUGUGUACGUGCCCCAGAGGAUACAGAGGUGUGCUCUGUGAACAAAUGGAUGAUCAGUGCGAUUGUGAGAACGGCGGAACCUGUGUCCACGACGCCACUGUACCCGGUGGCACAAUGUGUAUAUGCCCUGCAGGAUUCGGUGGGAUUCUCUGCAAUGAGUCAACUUCUGUUGACACUGUACCCCCGACGGUAACCUUCUGCCCAGAGAGCUUCAACCUCAACCCUAACUCCAGUGAUCCCAUCGCAGCCACCUGGCCACAACCCCGGGCAGAGGACGAUUCUGGUCUAGCGCCCUCUGUUGACCAGAAUGUACCAGUGGGAACUCUGAUGAACCCGGGCGACGUUCUUGACGUUGUUUACAAGUUCACUGAUGCUGCUGGCAAUUCAGCAUUCUGCAACUUCACAAUUACUUUUAAGGAUCGAUGCGAUUGUGAGAACGGCGGGACCUGUGUCCACGACACCAUUGUACCCGGUGGCACAAGGUGUAUAUGCCCUGCAGGAUUUGCUGGAAUUCUCUGCAGUGAGUCAACUUCUGUCGACACCGUACCACCGACGGUAACCUUCUGCCCAGAGAGCUUCAACCUCAACCCCAUCUCCAAUGAUCCCAUCGCAGCCACCUGGCCCCAACCCCGAGCAGAGGAUGACUCUGGUCUAGCGCCCUCUGUUGACCUGAAUGUACUAAUGGGAACUCUGGUGAACCUGGGUGAUGUUCUUGACAUUGUUUACAAGUUUACUGAUGCUGCCGGUAACGUAGCAUUCUGCAACUUCACAAUCACUGCUGUGGCUGAUGUCGAUACUGUACCACCGACGGUAACCUUCUGCCCAGAGAGCUUCAACGUCAGCCUCACAUCCAGUGAGCCCAUUGCAGCCACCUGGCCCCAACCCGAGGCAGAGGAUGACUCUGGUCUAGCGCCCACUGUUGACCAGAACAUAGCAAUGGGAACUCUGAUGAGCCUGGGUGAUGUUCUUGACGUUGUUUACAAGUUUUCUGAUGCUGCCGGUAAUGCGGCGUUCUGCAACUUCACAGUCACGGUUGUUGGAAGGGUCGAUACCAUACCACCAACAGUAACCUUCUGCCCAGAGAGCUUCAACCUCAGCCUCACAUCCAGUGAGCCCAUUGCAGCCACCUGGACCCAACCUGAGGCAGAGGACGACUCUGGUCUAGCGCCCUCUGUUGACCAGAAUGUACCGAUGGGAACUCUGAUGAACCUUGGUGAUGUUCUUGAUGUUGUUUACAAGUUUACUGAUGCUGCCGGUAAUGUUGCAUUCUGCAACUUCACAAUCACUGCUGUGGGAAGGGUUGAUACCGCACCACCGACGAUAACCUUCUGCCCAGAGAGCUUCAACCUCAGCCUCACAUCCAGCGAGCCCAUUGCGGCCACCUGGCCCCAACCCGAGGCAGAAGAUGACUCUGGUCUAGCGCCCUCUGUUGACCAGAACGUACCAAUGGGAACUCUGAUGAGCCUUGGUGAUGUUCUCAACGUUGUUUACAAUUUUACCGAUGCUGCCGGUAAUGUAGCAUUCUGCAACUUCACAAUCACUGCUGUGGAUGAUAUUCCUCCAACGAUCCGGUUCUGCCCUUCAAACAUUGAGAACCUGGCACCCAACCCCACCGCCAUGAUCUUUGUCACCUGGGCCAUGCCACAGGUCUCCGACAACUUGGGCGGACCGCUCAGAGUCCUGGCCAGCUCCCUGCCGGGCAUCUUUGUGAUGGCUGGCAGUGCACAGACUGUGACCUACGUCUUCACUGACGAGUCUGGGAACGAGGCCAGGUGUAUGUUUAAUAUCGUCAUCACCGUUCUGGAAUCGCCAAAAUCUGUCAGCCUGAUAGACGUCACAACCACCUCUGCCAUGUUAUCUGUGGUUCCUCCUAAUGCCACCUUCGACAGCUACGUCGUGAAAGUACAGGACCAAGAACUGACCUUCCCUGCCACCGAAAGCAUUCUGCCAUUGUCCGAUCUCAUGCCGGGUACCAACUAUCAGGUGUUAGUGAGUACUGCUAUCUCCUAUGGCACGAGUAAUCAGGUUAUCAGUGAACCGUUCAACUUGGAAUUCACUACAGUUGCCCUUGACAUGACGCUCCCUGUGAUAUCUGGCUGUCCGUCCGACAUCACACUGCCCGCCGGUCAGAAUGUAGCCAACUGGACAGAGCCUACGGCCGUAGAUAACUCUGGCUUAGUUCCAGCGGUCAUCAAAUCCCAUGAACCAGGAGCUGUGUUUGCUGAUGAAUCAACUAAUGUCAGCUACACAUUCACUGAUGCAGCGGGCAAUACGGCCAAGUGUGUCUUCACUGUCACGCGGAUACUUGUUUUGGAGCCACCGAUGUCCGUCAGCCUCAUUAAUGUCACAACCACCUAUGCCUUACUUUCCUUGGCUCCACCAAACGUCAACUUUGACCUCUAUAUCGUCAAUGUACAAAGCCCAACAUUAGGCACUGAUGUUAACAUCCCUGCAACGGAAAGCACUGUAGAGAUACCUGGCCUCAUGCCGGGUACCAACUACACGGUGUCGGUGUCCACUGCUGUUGCUUAUGGCACGGAUAAUGAGGUGAUCAGUGAACCUAUCAGUUUGGAUUUCAUCACAGUCUUACCUGACACGACGGUCCCUGUGAUAUCUGGCUGUCCGUCCGACAUCACACUGCCCGCCGGUCAGAAUGUAGCCAACUGGACAGAGCCUACGGCCGUAGAUAACUCUGGCUUAGUUCCAGCGGUCAUCAAAUCCCAUGAACCUGGAGCUGUGUUUGCUGAUGAAUCAACUAAUGUCAGCUACACAUUCACUGAUGCAGCGGGCAAUAUGGCUAAGUGUGUCUUCAUUGUCAAGCGAAUAUUGGUUUUGGAGCCACCGAUGUCCGUCAGCCUCAUCAAUGUCACAACCACCUCUGCCUUACUUUCCUUGGCUCCACCUAACGUCAACUUUGACCUCUAUAUCGUCAAUGCACAAAGUCCAACAUCAGGCACUGAUGUUAACAUCCCUGCAACGGAAAACACUGUAGAGUUACUUGGCCUCAUGCCGGGUACCAACUACACGGUGUCGGUGUCCACUGCAGUUGCUUAUGGCACGGAUAAUGAGGUGAUCAGUGAACCUGUCAGCUUGGAUUUCACUACAGUUGCACUUGACAUGACACCCCCUGUAAUAUCUGGUUGCCCGUCCGACAUCACACUGCCCGCCGGUCAGAAUGUGGCCAACUGGACAGAGCCUACGGCCGUAGAUAACUCUGGCUUAGUUCCAGCGGUCAACAAAUCCCAUGAACCAGGAGCUGUGUUUGCUGAUGAAUCAACUAAUGUCAGCUACACAUUCAGUGAUGCAGCGGGCAAUAUGGCCAAGUGCGUCUUCACUGUCAAGCGAAUAUUGGUUCUGGAACCACCGGCAUCCAUCAGCCUUGUCAACCUCACGUCCACGUUUGCAAUGUUUUCCCUCGUACCUCCAAAUGUCACCUUUGAUACCUAUGUUGCAACCGUCCGAGGCAAAGACCUGACUGUCGAGGUGACCUUCCCUGCGACCGAAGGCAUUCUACCAUUGCCCAAUCUUAUGCCGGGUACCAACUACACAAUGUCGAUUUCUACUGCAGUGGCUUUUGGCAUGGAUAAUGAAGUUGUUAGUGAACCAGUCAUCUUUGAAUUUUCGACAGAUCCUGUCCCUGUGAUCAAGAACUGCCCGUCAGACGUGACCCUGAACGUCACCCACCCUAGCGGUGUGGCCUAUGGCUUCUGGAUAGAACCCACCGCGGUGAGCGGCAGCGAGGCGGUACCCGUCCACCAUCGCACACACCGGCCGGGGUCCAGCUUUGGUCAAGGAACGACCAACGUGACUUACGUAUUCCAAGACAGCAAGGGAUAUGAGGCCCAGUGCUCAUUCAUGGUGACUGUCAUGGUGGUUAUGCAAGCCAUGCCCGUACCGCCGGACUCCAUCAACGUUGCCGACGUGACGCCAAUAUCUGCCCUGGUGACCUGGACGGGACCUAGUACGACCUUUGACUCGUUCCUAGUGACCGUCCUCGGCCCCUCGUCCACAGACACAGCAACCCUGGACCCUUCCGAAACCUCCCUGGCCCUGUUUGGGUUGACACCCGGCACCAACUACACGGUCAAAAUAUCCACGGUGAUCGGCAGCAACGUAGACUCACAGGUGAUCAGCGAAGCAAUAUUGACGUCUUUCAAAACAGUUGCCGUAGACAUGACUCUGCCGGUGAUAUCUGGCUGUCCGUCCGACAUCACACUGCCCGCCGGUCAGAAUGUAGCCAACUGGACAGAGCCUACGGCCGUAGAUAACUCUGGCUUAGUUCCAGCGGUCAUCAAAACCCAUGAACCUGGAGCUGUGUUUGCUGAUGAAUCGACUAAUGUCAGCUACACAUUCACUGAUGUAGCAGGCAAUAUGGCCAAGUGUGUCUUCACUGUCAAGCGAAUAUUGGUUUUGGAGCCACCGAUGUCCGUCAGCCUCAUCAAUGUCACAACCACCUAUGCCUUACUUUCCCUGGCUCCACCUAACGUCAACUUUGACCUCUACAUUGUCCAUGCACAAAGUCAAGCGUUAGCCAUUGAUGUUAACAUCCCUGCAACGGAAAGCACUAUCAAAUUACUUGGCCUCAUGCCGGGUACCAACUACACGGUGUCGGUGUCCACUGCUGUUGCUUAUGGCACGGAUAAUGAGGUGAUCAGUGAACCUGUCAGCUUGGACUUCACAACAGUUUCCCUGGACAUGACACCCCCUGUGAUAUCUGGCUGUCCGUCCGACAUCACACUGCCUGCCGGUCAGAAUGUAGCCAACUGGACAGAGCCUACGGCCGUAGAUAACUCUGGCUUAGUUCCAGCGGUCAUCAAAUCCCAUGAACCUGGAGCUGUGUUUGCUGAUGAAUCAACUAAUGUCAGCUACACAUUCACUGAUGCAGCGGGCAAUGUGGCCAAGUGUGUCUUCACUGUCACGCGGAUAUUAGUUUUGGAGCCACCGAUGUCCGUCAGCCUCAUCAAUGUCACGACCACCUCUGCCUUACUUUCCUUGGCUCCACCUAACGUCAACUUUGACCUCUACAUUGUCCAUGCACAAAGUCCAACAUUAGGCAUUGAUGUUAACAUCCCUGCAACAGAAAGCACUGUCGAGUUACCUGGCCUCAUGCCGGAUACCAACUACACGGUGUCGGUGUCCACUGCUGUUGCUUAUGGCACGGAUAAUGAGGUGAUCAGUGACCCCGUCAGCUUGGAUUUCACCACAGUUUCCCUUGACAUGACACGCCCGGUGAUAUCUGGCUGUCCGUCGGACAUCACACUGCCUGCCGGUCAGAAUGUAGCCAACUGGACAGAGCCUACGGCCAUAGAUAACUCUGGCUUAGUUCCAGCGGUCAACAAAUCCCAUGAACCUGGAGCUGUGUUUGCUAAUGAAUCAACUAAUGUCAGCUACACAUUCACUGAUGCAGCAGGCAAUAUGGCUAAAUGUGUCUUCACUGUCACGCGGAUACUUGUUCUGGAUCCACCCAGCUCCAUCAGUAUCACUGACGUUACCUCCUCUAUGGCAUUCGUCACCUGGACUCCCCCAAACUCCACUUUUGACGUGUACUUGGUGGUCGUGCAGGGCUCCAACGAAACUACACGGUUCAUCUUCCCCAAAGUGCAGGACUUCAUACUCUUGCCCAACUUGACAUCUAACACCAACUACACGGUGUCGGUGUCUACUGCAGUGGCCCUGGGCACUGUCAAUGAGAUCCUCAGCGAGCCAGUCGUUGUAACAGUCACAACCAUGGACGCACCAGAUACCAUGCCCCCAGUGGUCACCGGCUGUCCGUCCGACAUCACACUGCCCGCCGGUCAAAAUGUAGCCAACUGGACAGAGCCUACAGCCGUAGAUAACUCUGGCUUAGUUCCAGCAGUCAACAAAUCUCAUGAACCUGGAGCUGUGUUUGCUGAUGAAUCAACUAAUGUCAGCUACACAUUCAGUGAUGCAGCGGGCAAUAUGGCCAAGUGUGUCUUCACUGUCACGCGGAUACUUGUUCUGGAUCCACCCGGCUCCAUCAGUAUCACUGAUGUUACCUCCUCGUUGGCCUUCCUCACCUGGACUCCCCCCAACUCCACUUUUGACGUGUACUUGGUGGUCGUGCAGGGCUCCAACGAAACUAGACAAUUCACCACCCCCAAAGUGCAGAACUCGAUAGUCUUGCCCAACCUGACACCUAACACCAACUACACGGUGUCAGUGUCUACUGCAGUGGCCUAUGGCACUGCCAAUGAGAUCGUCAGUCAGCCAGUCAGUGUUACACUCACAGUUUUGGACGCACCAGAUACUAUGCCCCCAAUGGUCACCGGCUGUCCGUCCGACAUCACACUGCCCGCCGGUCAAAAUGUAGCCAACUGGACAGAGCCUACGGCCGUAGAUAACUCUGGCUUAGUUCCAGCGGUCAUCAAAUCCCAUGAACCAGGAGCUGUGUUUGCUGAUGAAUCAACUAAUGUCAGCUACACAUUCACUGAUGCAGCGGGCAAUAUGGCCAAGUGUGUCUUCACUGUCACACGUCUGUUUGAUUUAACCCCACCUGUUGUUAGCGGUUGUCCUGACAACAUCACCUUGCCCCUGGGUGCGACGGUAGCCAAUUGGACGGAACCGACGGCUACCGAUGACUCAGGCUCUCCCCCUUCAGUCCUGAAAUCCCACGUGCCGGGCGCCAGUUUCCUAGAGGGAAAUACCAAUGUGACAUACACGUUCACUGAUGGUGUGGGGAACCAGGCUGUAUGCGCUUUUCUCGUCACCGUCACAUUUGAUGUAACCCGACCGGUUGUUAGUGGUUGCCCAGACGACAUCACCUUGCCACUGGGUGCGACGAUAGCCAAUUGGACGGAACCGACGGCUACCGAUGACUCAGGCUCUCCCCCUUCAGUCCUGAAAUCCCACGCGCCGGGCGCCAGUUUCCUAGAGGGAAAUACCAAUGUGACAUACACAUUCACUGAUGGUGUGGGGAACCAGGCUGUAUGCGCUUUUCUCGUCACCGUCACAUUUGAUGUAACCCGACCGGUUGUUAGUGGUUGCCCAGAUGACAUCACCUUGCCACUGGGUGCGACGAUAGCCAAUUGGACGGAACCGACAGCUACCGAUGACUCCGGCUCUCCCCCUUCAGUCCUGAAAUCCCACGUGCCGGGCGCCAGUUUCCUAGAGGGAAAUACCAAUGUGACAUACACAUUCACUGAUGGUGUGGAGAACCAGGCUGUAUGCGCUUUUCUCGUCACCGUCACAUUUGAUUUAACCCCACCUGUUGUUAGCGGUUGUCCUGACAACAUCACCUUGCCCCUGGGUGCGACGGUAGCCAAUUGGACGGAACCGACGGCUACCGAUGACUCAGGCUCUCCCCCUUCAGUCCUGAAAUCCCACGCGCCGGGCACCAGUUUCCUAGAGGGAAAUACCAAUGUGACAUACACGUUCACUGAUGGUGUGGGGAACCAGGCUGUAUGCGCUUUUCUCGUCACCGUCACAUUUGAUAAGACAGCGCCGGUCAUCAGUAACUGCCCAGGUAACAUCUUGCUGCCGUUCGCCUCCACCUUGGCUAGCUGGACAGAGCCCACGGCUACUGAUAACUCAGGAGAGCCUCCAAGUGUGACCAAAACUCAUGAGCCUGGCACCGAAUUCAGUGACGGAAACACCACAGUGGCGUACACGUUUACCGAUGCGGCAGGGAACCAGGCAAACUGCUCGUUUGUGGUUAAUGUAGUUGCUGAUGACGUGGCGCCGUUUAUACUGAACUGCCCCUCCAACAUCAGCCUCCCCUUCGGCACCGACACAGCCAGCUGGACGGAGCCCACGGCCACCGAUAACUCCGGUCAGGUUCCCAGCGUGGACCGAUCACACGAACCGGGCGCAGUCUUUACUGAGGACUCCACCAUGGUGACAUACACGUUCACUGAUGCCAUGGGGAACCAGGCCAACUGUGUGUUCCUUGUGAUUCGUUUACGAGACGACAUCCGACCAGAAAUCACCACCUGUCCUUCCAUCAUCAACCUAACCCCCGGCACCAACGUGGCCACCUGGGAUGAGCCCACGGCCACCGAUAACUCCGGUGAGAUUCCCACUUUCACCAGGACCCACGAGCCGGGCAGCGUCUUCACCGAGAACGUGACCAUGGUGGUCUAUACCUUCACCGAUGCGGCCGGCAACGAGGCUCUCUGUGUGUUCUUUGUCAAGCUCGCCCCAGUGGACAUGCCACCAAUGAUCUUUAACUGUCCUUCGGACUUCACCAUGACGUUACUGCUGUCUGAGAUUGACCUGGGCAUCUUCUUCACCUGGAGGGAGCCCUUUGCCAUCGACGACUCCGGCCUAGAGCCCACUGUGAACAAGACCCAUAGCCCGGGGAUCAUGUUCCCGGCGGGUUCCACUAGGGUCGUCUAUACGUUCACCGACAAUGCGGGGAACCAGGCUGAAUGUGCCUUUGUUGUCAACGUGUUGCUAGUGGAUGACAUACGACCCGUCAUCACCGGUUGCCCAUCGGAUAUGGACGUCACCCUCCCACUGACACAGCAAAGUGACAUCAUGGUCACGUGGCAGGAGCCCUCGGCUACCGACAACUCCGGCGCGGCACCGUCCCUGGACCGCAGUCACCAGCCGGGGGAAACCUUCCCAGAGGGCAGGACCACAGUGACAUACACCUUCAGUGACCAGACUGGUAACGAGGCUGUCUGCUCCUUUGAGAUCAACGUACAGCGAGAAGAGGACGUCACCCCACCGCAGAUCCUCAACUGCCCGUUGGAUCAGGCAUACGUCAUUCCCGCAGGCAACCAGUUUAUGAUCAUCAUGUGGAAUCCACCCACCGCCAUCGAUAAUUCCGGGGUGCCCCCCGCGGUAGUCAGCAAUCGUAUCCCUGGGGACGUGUUCGGUAUUGGCGAGACGGUCGUCAUGUACAAUUUCACCGAUCCAUCAGAUAACAUGGCCACCUGCGAGUUCACCAUCAAACUGUCAACUCCUGUUUUGAACCCAUGCCAGAGUAGUCCCUGUCGUCCAAAUGAAAACUGCUUCUACAGUGCCACAACCUUCAUCUGCGUAGCAGGCCCAUUUCGGAAGAGGAGAGAUGUCUUGGAUAUGAAAGAUGACGUCAUGGAUAUCUGCCCGUGUGAGAACGGAGGGGUUUGUCUAAAAGAGACAGGGAGCAAGGGUACCCGGUGCAUCUGCCCUGAGGGUUUGACUGGAAUCCUCUGCAAGGAAGCAGGUGACAAGGGCGAUGAGACCGCGCUCCAGUCGUCUUGGAAGUUUCUUGGUCUGACCUCCCUCGGGGCUCUCAGUCUUCUCGUUGCCAUGCUGCUGGCUGUCUUCCACAUAAAGAGACAACGAACAGGCAAGCUGGGCUAUGACAUAUCAAGCAUGGCUUUUUAGAGCAUCGUGAAAUUAUUCCCAAUAUAGUGACCUCAUUGCUCUGUAAAAUGAUAACAUACUUUCUAGUGUCCUUCUUAGUUUUUAUCAGCAGUAUUUUUGCUCUGUUUUAACGUGUAAUGCAAGCAUGGUUCAGAAUUUUAUUUCCUUAUGUACGAUUAAUGUUUUUAUAUAUCCAUUGUAAAUAUUGAGUAAUUAACCCUGUAUUCUUUGUAAAACAAAAUAAAUGGAUAUUUUUUCCAACAAUUUAUCCCUAGGAAAAUCCAGAUGCAUUUUGUUUCACAAGCAUAAAUGUAAUCUUAUUGUAGUUGACAAUAUUAUAGUCAGUUUGUAUUCCAGCGCAUUUUUAUUAUCUUAACAAUUAAGUACUAUGCAAUGUUAUUGGUUUUAAUAAAUUUAUAUAAAUAUCAAAUUAAAAGUGUGGCUUGGGUGGAUGUAGCAUAGAUCUGGUGGUAUUAACAACAAUUUUCUUUCAGUUCUUUACUAUAAUCAACUUUAAGGUCUGAUAUGUAUAUUUUAUGUAUAUUUGGAAAAACAAGUUCCAAAUACAGCAGUUUAAUAUAGUCACUCUGUUUUUGGAAACCUAUUACAGUGUUUUUUCCUUUAAAGGUAUACAAAAUUUGCUUUUGUCGUAAUUUUCAGAAAUUGAUGGAUUUUGGGGUUAGUAUUUCAUAGUACAUAUCGUUACACUGACCUGUUUAAAGUUUUGUGUUUGUAGAUGCUGGAAAAACCAAGAAAAAAAAACCAGAGUAAUUCAUAGACGUCUGGGGAUUGUCAGGUUGGGGAACCAGACUAGCUGGCUUGCACCGUCCAUGGAUUUGUUACCAAUUGCAAAACUGAUACAAAAAAUCCACUUUUAAAAACGACAGCACACCAGGUGUCAUUUCACAGGAUGUUUGAGACUAUUAUUCACUUAUAUGGUCAAGUAAGGUAUUUCAUAAUAAUUUGGCAGUGUUUUGGGUUUUUAAUGUUUGAAAAUGUUGUACAUUACCGUAAAUACUAACUGGAGUUGUUUUUAAAAGCAGAAAACGGGUUGAGGUACCCCACCAAAGUAUCAGCUCAGAGAGACCAAAGAGACAUAUCUUCUGAGUAAAAUUGCAAUUUUUAUACAUGUAUAUUUAUAUUUUAAGUGUGGCAUCCCAAGUACAUCCAUUUUUUUAAAAGCACAUUUGGAUGUUAUUAUAUUAUGUAAAGAAAUUUUCAUCUUCAUCAGUGACCACCAUCAUAUAAUUUGUUGGGACAUGUUGGUUUUAGACUCUUUACGGUUUUAGAGUAUUAAUUGAUUCGGACAAAUCUGGUUAUAACGUAAAAUUAAAAUUUGCAGACUGAAUUGAAAACAUUGAUCCAUGCUAGUCAUUAAACUCUUUUCCCGAUAUGCCUUGAAAUUUAAAACUAAGACCGGUGCACAUUUUGAUAUAAAGAACAUUGUCACUGCAUGGUGAAGUUUUGAUAAUUUUUCACAUUACCAGUACUUUAUUUAUACACUUGAUAUGACACAUUAUUGGUCAUUUUACCUUUUGUUACCGUAUGUGAAUAUUCUUACACUGAGGUAGUGGAUUUUAUUGAACUGUAAAAAAAGAUUUUGUGAUUAGUCUAUUCGUUUUUGUUUUAUUAAUCAAGUGUCAUAUUCGGAAUAGUCGUAACAGUAAACCAGUUGGAAUGUGUCACUGUA